AAUUCAAAGUAGAAUGUUUUAGAAGCCAUUGGACUCACCGCUUGGACAAUUUUAAGCCAAUCCUCACCAAGCCCGCCCGUCUCACAACUCACCAGUACUUGCCUUUGCUUCAACAAGCCCAACCCAUUGGCAGUGAUCUUUAUUAUCCUCUCUGUGACUGUCUCUCUGUCAUGGCUAUCAUGGAGUCCCUUUCCAUCAUCCUUUCUUCUUCACCACCCAUCCAGAACCACUCCAAAACCCUCAAAUUCUCCACCUCUAAACCCUCUUCUCAUCAAACCUGUUUCCUAUCUGCAAAAAAUUCUUCUCUUCAAAACCAUCUGUUACGUCUCAGAAACUGUGUCUUAUCCAAAACUUCUGUCUCUUUGUCUACAUUUCAGCUUAUCACUUCUCUUCCUUCCUUAGCUUCUGAAGCUUUAAUCACCCCAACUGAACAAGUCUCUGACAAAAUAAACUUGGAAUCGAUCUUAGUCUCAAUUGAUGACUUCUUCAACAGAAACCCCUUUUUUGUUGCUGGGUGUACAUUCAUUUGGCUGGUCGUUAUACCUCUAACUGAACAGUACUUAAGGAAAUACAAGUUUAUCUCUGCCAUUGAUGCAUUUCGAAAACUGCGACAAGAGAAGGAUUAUCAGCUUUUGGAUAUCAGGGACAAGAAGAGUUUGGUGGCUUUGAGGUCUCCCAAUUUAAAGAUUUUGAAUAAGAGUGUGGUUCAGGUUGAGUUCUCCAAGGAAGAUGAAGAUGGGUUUGUGAAGAACGUGUUAGAGAAGUUUCCAGACCCAGCAAACACCUUCUUAUGCAUUCUGGACAAUUUUGAUGGUAAUUCAAUGAGAGUGGCAGAGUUAUUGUUCAAGAAUGGAUUCAAAGAGGCUUAUGCAAUAAGGGGCGGGGUCAGAGGCAAAAAGGGUUGGAUGGCAAUACAAGAAACUCUUUUGCCACCUUCGGUUCAUAUUUAUCUCAAGAAGAAGAAGUCUAAAAGCUCACAACUGGGAAUUAAUGGAGGAGUUGGUCAGCAGAGUGAAGAAAAGAAUGGCAGUCCCUCUACUAUGGCUCUAUCCAUAGCGGAAAGCCAAAGAGUAGAAAAUGUACACAUAAACCAGUUGUUGAAUUCCACACCUCAAUUGAAGAUUGAUUCCCGAUCUCCCUACCCUAAUUACCCAGAUUUGAAACCUCCAUCUUCUCCAACCCCAUCAAAACCAUAAAGAAUUGCUCCAAGUCUACUGCAUUGAAGUAUCUUCUUUGGCUUGAAGCUUGUACCUUUCCAUGGUGCAGCUUUUUAUUACUGUGUAUUGUUAUUGAUUUAUUCAUCAAUUUUGGUAGUAAUUGAUUCUGUAUUCUGAGAUUAUAUGGAAGAUUUUUGAAAAUGCCAUUAUCUCCCCUUAGUUGGAAUUAUCUGUAA